CGCUCGUGUCGAGAGUCAGUGGAGCUGGCUGGUGCGGUGCGGUGAUAUGGCCGUACGGACCUGAGGUCAGGACAGCAGGGCCCAACGGCUGUCCCGUAGGACAUCCUGAACGGCCUCGUGCAGGCCGAGGAGCCGGAGCCGAGCACGGCCCGGGCCGCGACGAGUCGAGCGCGACCGCGAGCGCCUGGAUGUGGCGGGGAGUGGCUGGAGCGCUGCGGCGGCGGCGGCGACAGUAGUAGCAGCAGCGCGAGCGUCGAGGCCUGGCGCAGCGAGUACGCCGCGAUACUGAGGUUGACGUAAAGCCCUGCAAAUGCCCUGGUGAUCAGGCGCGUCCACUACGGGCCCGACCCAAGUCCUCCGCCAACGCCCUGGCCGUGGGAGAUACGCCCCUGCUGCAGCGCUGGAUCCUGCCUGAAGGAUGAAGGCGCGUUGACGUGCGGCUGAUGCGGCGCCGGCCAGGCGCUGGCCGAUGGAGCUGCCGUCCUCCCUGCCGCACUCGCGCAGCACGCCCGCCGUGCACCGCGCCCCGCCCGCCCCGCACCGCGCCCCGCACCCCGGCGGCGGCAGCAGCGGCGCCAGCGGCCGGCCCGGGCCCAGCGGCAAGAUGCUGGCCGUGCGGGUGCUCAAGCUGGACGACGAGGUCACCAUCUUCCAGGUCCAGUCCAAGGCCCUGGGUCGUGUUCUAUUUGAACAAGUUUGCAACCAACUUCAUCUGCUCGAAGCAGAUUAUUUUGGUCUAGAAUAUGAAGAUAUGAAUGGGUGCAAGUAUUGGUUAGACUUAGAGAAAGCAAUGACCCGACAAGUGGGUCUUUCCCUUGUGGACCCAUACAUGCGGUUUUGUGUCAAAUUCUAUACUCCAGAUCCAGCUCAGCUUGAGGAAGAAUUCACCCGGUAUCUUUUUUGUCUCCAAAUAAAGCGUGAUCUUGCAAGAGGAGAUAUUCAAUGUAAUGACAACACUGCAGCAGUGUUGGCAUCUUACAUAGUACAAGCUGAAUGUGGUGACUUUGUACAAGAAGACUACCCAGAUCACACUUACUUGUCUUCAUAUAAAUUUGUUCCUCAUCAAGAUGCAGAACUUGAAAGAAGAAUUAUGGAAAAUCAUCGAAAACUUGUGGGACAAUCACCAGCAGAAGCAGAUUUAAAUCUUCUUGAAACUGCAAGAAGAUGUGAACUUUUUGGGAUGAAAAUGCAUCCUGCCAAAGAUCAUGAAGGAGUGCCUCUUAACUUAGCUGUAGCUCAUAUGGGAAUAGUAGUCUUCCAAAACUACACCAAAAUUAAUACAUUUUCAUGGGCCAAAAUCAGAAAAAUUAGUUUUAAAAGGAAACGAUUCCUUGUUAAGCUUCUCCCUGAAGGAUAUGGCUACUACAAGGAUACUGUUGAAUUUUUGUUCGAUGGUAGAAAUGAAUGUAAAAAUUUCUGGAAAAAAUGUGUUGAGCACCAUGGAUUUUUCCGUUGCUCCCAAGUCAAAACUGUACCACGUCAGAAAACCAGAGUUCUCAGCCGUGGAAGCUCAUUUCGGUAUAGUGGAAAAACUCAGAAGCAGAUGGUUGAAUUUGUUAGGGAAAACUACAUAAAACGACAAACAUUUCAAAGGGAUGAAGGGGCAGCUUCAACUCCUGCCGAUGCGUGGUCGCAAUCGUUUCGCCACUCCAGUUCUGUUCAUUCUAGUGUGGCGAACGUGGGCGGCAGCAUUUCAGCUCACCCAUUGUUGCCUCUGGGUGAUAACGAAGUUGUGGGCACACAAGCGUCGCUAUCCUGCGGCUCCAUGACGCUCAACUCGAUGAACGAGACGGGGCCGGAGCAGGGAGAGCAUCGCCGGACAGGACAGUACCACACGUCGCAGUCUCAGCAGCACCAGCCCCGCUACCGAACUACCAGCCUCACUACGUCCACCAACACGCCCACCCACACUGCCAACAUGGACGUGGAUAUGGACACGUCCCCGGAGUGCGGGGCGUCGCUCACGUCCAGCCCUACGACGCAACACUACUACCCCAGGGACCGUGCUCAGGCCCAGAGGGACGGCAGUGUGGCCGGCACUGCCACCGGACAGGCUGUGGAGGAGGAGGAGGACAGUCCCUUCCACCAGCAGCAGCAACAGCGUGCAGAAAAAGAUGUUGUAACUCCAACUGCUCCAGAUAUACCACCUCUGCCUACCUCAGACCUGGACUUCAAGAAGGACUCUGGCAAACUAAUCACCAAUGGCAAUAAUGUUCUCGAUAAUCAAAGUAUUAUUUCUCAAGACCUCAAAUCUCCGUCUCUUAGCCCAAUCAAGCCUAAUCAAGAUGAAGUGGACAAUCGUAAUGGCUUAGCAGAAACUGAAACAAACAUUAAGAAAAAGAGACAUACUACAGAUCGAGCAUACUUUAUUGCUAAAGAAAUGCUGAUGACAGAGCGUACAUACAAGAAAGACCUUAGUGUCAUUAAUGUGUGGUUCCGAGAUGAAGUCGAAAAAGAAGACAAUAUGCCAACAGAGGUUCUGAACACACUCUUCUCUCUCAUUGACCCUAUAUAUGACCUUCACUUGAGAAUUUUGAGGGAUGUUGAGCAGCGAGUUACAACUUGGGAAAACUGUUUGGAUGUCCAACAGCAGCACAUGGGCUGCAUUCUUCUAACCAACAUGGAUUUGAUUUUGCAACUAUAUGGUCGUUAUUUGGAUGAACACUACUCUGUACUGGAGAGCUUGGAUUAUGCUUUCCGUAAAAAUACAAACUUUGAGCAAGUUUAUCGCGACUUUGAACUACAGAAAGUAUGUUAUCUUCCUCUUACUGCGUUUAUUUUGAAACCUCUCCAGCGACUCCUACAUUAUGAAACAUUGCUGGAACGCCUCAUCCGUCACUAUGGAACGCAGCAUUCUGAUUAUCAGGAUUGUUUACUUGCAAAACAACAACUUGGUACUAUACUUCAAAGUGUACCUGACCUUCUGAAGAGCUCUGAAAACUUAGUUCAACUUUGUGAGCUCCAGAGGGAAACAGUUGGUUUUGACUGUCUUGUGCAGACCAACAGGGAGUUUUUGCGUCAAGGCUGUUUAUUAAAACAUUCCCGAAAGGGAUAUCAGCAAAGAAUGUUUUUCUUAUUUUCUGAUGUGCUCCUAUACACAAAUCGUCUUCAGUACCCAAGCCUGCAUUUCAAAGUGCAUGGUCUCAUGCCCUUGAGAGGAGUCAUGGUGGAAGAAGCGGAGUACAAAAUGGGUGCUAACUACUGCUUUACCAUUUAUGGUGGCAAUAGGGCCUUAACUGUUGCUGCAAGCAGUCAGGAAGAGAAAGAUAAAUGGCUUGAAGACUUAAAAUCAGCGAUUCAAAAUGUUAGAGACUGCAGUGAAGAUAAGCUGCAGUAUUUAAGCUUAAAGUCUUGUAGCUCAUCUGAUGAAAUCAUUGAUAAAUGUGGAGAAAUGAACAUUGACCGUGACAAAGUGGCUCCGUCUCCUCAGCGAAGCAACACUACAGUUCAAGUUUGUUGGCAUCGAAACACAAGCAUUAGCAUGAGUGAUCAGCUUCGUGGAGUAGAGAAUCAGCUCAGUGGAUUCCUGCUAAGAAAAUUCAAAAACAGCAAUGGAUGGCAAAAAUUGUGGGUUGUAUUUACUAGUUUUUGCCUAUUUUUCUACAAAUCUUUCCAGGAUGAUUCACCUUUGGCAAGUCUUCCUUUGUUGGGAUAUACCGUGAGCCCACCAUCAGAGAGUGAUGGUAUUUAUAAAGAUUACGUGUUCAAAUUACAAUUCAAGAAUCAUGUCUACUUCUUUAGGGCUGAAAGCAAGUACACAUUCAGCCGGUGGAUGGAAGUUAUUAGUAGUGCAACGCAACACUCAGGACGAAUGCGCUUGUUCAGUCGUAAAGACAGUGCCUUUGAACGAACUUGAUGCUUUAUUGAAUUUUCCUAAACGCUGACUUUGAAUGUGUUGGGAAAUAGUUCCUAAAAAGCAAACUGAAACUUUUAAAUUUUUUUUUUGUAAAAUUGGUGCUCAGUCCAAUUUUACAUCUCUAACCCACAGGAUUUCAAAAGUUUGCAUUUAAUGAUUUAUUUUGCAUUUGUGACUCUUUGUAAAGAUUUUACUUAAGGGACCAUAUUUAUUGACGGGUACAAUUUUUUACAUUUACACCCUUUAUGUAUCUUGUUGGGACUUUUUCACAUACUUUGAUUAGUUAAAGUUUUUAUUACAUAAAAUUUCUCUUGAUUUGAAGUGAUACUUCAUUAACUUCUUGUGAAGUAUGUAUUGUGUAUGUACUCAAGUUUGAAAUUACUGUUUGGGGAAAUUGUACUUUUUGCACAUGCACACUUUUUGUCAUUCCACCUUUAUAUACUGGCAGCUAUCUUGUCUAAUCUCUCACUCUCCCCCUCUCUCCUUCUCUCUUUGUCUAACAAUUUAAUCUAUAGGAUGGUCAUACUUCAGUUUUUGUUUUUCUCAGAGGAAAUAUCAACUGUAUUCUUAUGUUAUAGGUACCAAAAUAAUUAAUCAGACUUUGCUGUUAGAGAUCAUUUAAGAUAGCAAAGCCAUUUUAAAAAUGUGACUGCCUGUUUAGCUGUCCUGCCUUGUAGCUAGUCGUUUUGAGCUUUUUUUAUUCCGAGUUUUUUUUUGGUUCUUUAUUACGUGGAUGUUACUUCUUUUACAGAAUAGGAUUGCAUUUAAUAGUAACCAGAAAAGACAAUACUUUGUGUUAGUCCUUGUUGUCUAUAAAUAUAUAUCUUGGAGGUUUUGGUAUACAUUGUAUUGUUUAUAGUUAUAUUAUUUCAAAUUGUUGUUAUCAAUUGUUGCAUAAUGUUAUUGAGUGUUUUAUUGAAGUGUACUGAUCUGUCCAAAGCAGUCCCCAUAUAGAUCAAUAAAAUUGAUUUAUUUCUCA